UGCGUGGACUGCUGGUCUGUGAAGAGGAUGGCGGCUUCUUCAAGUGGGGAGAAGGAGAAGGAACGGUCGGGAGGCUGUUUGGGGUCGGCAGGCGGUAACAGCACGCGAGAGAGACUCUUGUCUGCACUGGAAGACCUCGAGGUCUUGUCUAGGGAACUUAUAGAAAUGCUGGCUAUUUCAAGAAACCAAAAGUUGUUACAGCAGGGAGAAGAAAACCAGGUCCUGGAGUUGUUAAUUCAUCGAGAUGGAGAAUUUCAAGAACUUAUGAAAUUGGCUCUCAAUCAGGGAAAGAUCCAUCAUGAAAUGCAAGUUCUAGAGAAAGAAGUAGAAAAGAGAGACAGUGAUAUUCAACAACUACAAAAACAGCUAAAGGAAGCAGAACAAAUACUGGCAACAGCUGUUUACCAAGCAAAAGAAAAACUUAAGUCAAUAGAAAAAGCAAGAAAAGGUGCUAUCUCCUCUGAGGAAAUAAUUAAAUAUGCACAUAGGAUCAGUGCAAGCAAUGCUGUAUGUGCCCCACUGACCUGGGUUCCAGGAGAUCCACGAAGACCAUACCCAACUGAUUUAGAGAUGAGAAGUGGAUUAUUGGGUCAGAUGAACAAUCCUUCCACUAAUGGUGUAAAUGGUCAUCUCCCAGGGGACGCCCUUGCAGCGGGCAGACUGCCAGAUGUUCUUGCUCCACAGUAUCCAUGGCAGUCAAACGACAUGUCAAUGAACAUGUUACCACCAAAUCACAGCAAUGACUUUUUGUUGGAACCUCCUGGACAUAAUAAGGAAAAUGAAGAUGACGUAGAGGUUAUGUCAACUGACUCCUCAAGCAGUAGUAGUGACUCUGAUUAAAAAACUUGUGAGAUUGCACAUAGAAUUGAAUACUCUAGGAUUUUCUUAAUAAUGGGGAAAUAUAAACUGAACACUCCUAAGUGUAGCCACAUAGAUUGUACAUCCUAAUAAAAAUAAAAAUGGGUUUUGUUUUCAAACCCCAACCUGAUUUUAGUUCUAAUCUAGGCAAAUGUUUGGAACUAGUCAAGCUUUACUGUUGAGAAGAUUGUUGAGCAGUUCUGUGCUGGUCUUCCCGGCUCCCUCCAUUGGAAGCAUGUGGUAGGAGGUGACCCAUGCACAUGUGUCACUAACCAGCAUCCAGGAAUUAUUUAGAAAAGCAUUUUAUAAAACUGGUGGAUUACUGAAUAUUCAGAGUUCAGAGUACAAACUCAUGUUUCUCAGCUCUGCUACAGUAACAAGUUGUAUUAUUUGUAAUUAUUGUUUUUUUAUAAAUAAAAUUGUUUAUACUUUGUUUUUUAAUUUAAACAUUUUAGUGGAGGUAGAAAAAUUAUUAUUUUAAAUUCAGUAGAAUUUCCAACUACUUACCUAGGAUUCUGCAGUGGGAAUGUGCUUGAUUUUUGGAAUACAUUUGACCCAGUAAUCCCAACUAGCAAGUUUCUCACUCCUAUUCUUAGAAGAAAUAAACUAUUUAUUAACAA